CGCUUCUUCUCCUCCCUCCUCCACUUCCCGGGAAAUCACCACAGAAACCCUAAUCCCCUUCUUCCUCCCCGCCAACCCCAUGGCCACCGACUCGCCGCGACCUGCCGCCGCACCUACCUCCUUAUCUGUCGGAGGCCUCCUGCUUGCUGCCGCUGCUGGACAAGUUUGACAAGGAGCUUCUGAUCCAGAAUGCAUCUGCACAAACACAGCAACAACCGGAUGUCGAGCCCUUGAGUACGACAAUGACCGAAUCGUCCAUUCAGAUCCCGCCAUUAACACUGAACUGGCUUCCCUCGUUGUCCAGUUUUGUCCAGAAACAGCUCAGCGAUAUGCUUGGGCAUUGCUUGGAUUGUUGGGAGGUUCGGGAUAAGAAGGAUUUCUGUAGAGGGGUAUUUAUGGCAUGGUCUGAGAAAAGUGUGGGUGGGCCUGCAUCUGGACAAACGUUGCAUCAAAACUUGCAUGAUGCUCAGCGGGACACCAUUUGGGUCCGGGAACAGCACGAUUGGGGGCUCACAUUUUACACCAGGAUUGAUCUUUGGGGAUAUUUCUGCACAUAUCCUAAGGUGGGCGGACCAUUUAACAGCUUAGAGGAAGCUAGCAAUGCCAUUGAUCGCUAUCUUCAUGACCGACAGGAUCCAAUGAUGCAAAAGGAGCAACAUGAGUUCUAUGAAGUGGGUAAGGCUAGUGUGGAGAGGGGUAUACGAGCCUGUCUUUACUGGCCUGAUGGCUCAAAGAAGAUGCAUGUGAUAUCAGAACAAAUUGAUAAAAGCCGUUGCAAGAUGCUCCAGUUGGUUCAAGCUUUGGUGGACAUGUAUAAUGAGGAUCCUCUUCAUUUUGAGGAUAUUCCAUUUGAACUUAAAGAUGUUGUGUGCUCCGAAGUAAUAUAUGAGGGCGACCGUUUCUACUAUCAUACCAAUUUCACUACAAAGACGAAAGGACCAAAGACAACUGACAAUCUAUUCUUUGCGGAAGUCACACAUAUUCCAGGAGAAGAUGGAAAAUUGGUAGUCAGCUGUAUCUGCAGGGUUGAUACUUUUGAUAAUGGUCAAUGCUACGGUUGUGGAAGUAAUAUGAAGCACCCAAAUGCUGAUGCAUACAACGGUGGUCACUCUAAUGGUUUUAAGUUUUUUCACAUUGGUGACGGAUGUCGUGGACCUAAUAUCGACACCGCGAAGACUAUGGAUGACUGGAAAGCUGAGGAGGCAAGGGUAAGAAGAUUGUUCGAGGGCCUUGAUGAUCCAAGUGUUGUGGCGAGACUCAUGGAACCACCUAAGUUUGAGUUUGGAGCAAACAUGGCCACUGAUGAGGAAGUAGAUAGUUUCAUGGAGUCGAUCAUGGGGCCAUACAAUGGCAGCACUGACAUCAUAGAUGCUAGUACCGCAGAAAGAUUUAGAGUGCAACUAAAGUAGCUCGGAGCUUUCUUGUGACUACAUAGUUUGCCACCAGGGAAGCCUUUCAAUACCAAGUUAUGCACCCAAGUUGCUUGCUGUUUCUAAUUGCCAAGACAUGUGCCUAGCAGAACGUGAGCAUUUAGCUUAAGAUGGACCCAUUUGACUUUAUGUAAGCACUUAUUUAUGCCUGUUUGUUUACACUUAAGAAAUCGUACUAUCCAUUUCGCAAGUGAAUGGAAUUGAUUAUGUCAAA